AUGAACUGCGGAGAAGACAUGCUGCACACGUGUUCAAGGCCCUCACCACAUGAUCUAACUGUGUCUCGGGAGACACCCUCACCACAUGAUCUAACUGUGUCUCGGGAGACGCCCUCACCACAUGAUCUAACUGUGUCUCGGGACACGCCCUCACCACAUGACCCAGCUGUGUCUCGGGACACGCCCUCACCACAUGAUCUGUCAAUAUUUUUCAUCCAGAGGUCAAUCGCCAGUUUACGACAAGAGGAAACAGAUACUGAAGAGGAGGAGGAAACGGACACAAAAUACAAUGGUCAUUCUGUGGAUGGCGUCAAGCUCCUCGAGGAUGCUCUUAAGGGCAAAGUUGACCCCGACUCGGAAGUCGUCAAUAUUCUGGAGAGUAUGUAUGUGGAUGACGGAAAAAAGCACAAUGCACAUCCGGAUGGAAUUGCCGAGAUUGCUUUAAAGAAAGGGAAAGUGUAUGGUGAUACUCACGACAGUCACAAACUGACAAAACAAGAAAUGAAUGACCUUCAGGACAGUAGCACUGGGGGGAGGAGGAGAAGGAAUUUCUUGACAUCAGCCCCACUGUGGACAGAUAAAAUCAUUCCCUACACAAUUGCGAGCAGUUUGAGCACCCAACAGAGUUACGUAGAUGUCAUCAAUGUAGCAAUACAACAAUUUACAGACUACACCUGCUUAAAAUGGGUCCCAUAUGGUUCUACAGAAGCCAACAAGGCCUCCUAUUCUUCAUACAUCGAAUUCUUUUCAGAAAGUGGAUGCUGGUCGUAUGUCGGACGAGUGUUUUCGGAUAAACAGCAAAUAAGUCUGCAGGCCCCCGGUUGUGUUACAUUAUCCACCACAAUACAUGAAAUGACCCAUGCCAUUGGACAAAUGCAUGAACAGUCUCGCAGUGAUCGUGAUAAUCACGUCACUAUGUUUUGGGAUAACAUCAAUGGCGGAUCGAGCAACUAUAACAUGAUAAAGAGCGGCACACACGAUAACAAUCCGUAUGAUUAUGAGUCAGUUCUCCAGUACAGUUUAACGGCAUUCUCCACAAAUGGCAAGCCCACAAUAGAGUUUAGUGACCGUCGACUGGACUUUCUGGCCGAUUCAGCCACUGGACUUAUGUUCUAUGACAUUAAGGAUAUUACUGAUGGGUACGGUUGUACCGAACCCUGUAAGGGUGACAACGGUGAUAUUCCCCUGAAGCAGUGUCAAAACGGAGGCUUUGUCAUCCAUAACUGUAACUGUUACUGUCCAGGUGGUCUUACUGGCACCCUGUGUGAGACCGUUAUAACGGAUGCAGAGUGUGGUCCGGGUAUUAUUACUUUAACUGAAGAAGAAAAUAGAACACUAACUUCACCUAAUUUCAAUGACGGAGGGCCGUAUCCUACUGGGAAAAAUUGUGUUUGGCUAAUAAAGGUCCCUGAUGGAAAGCAUGUUGCCAUGACAAUAAAUGAAAUGGAUUUAACAACCAAUGGCGGAGCUUGUAAUCACUGGCUAGAAAUACAGUACAAUUUGAUUGGUCAGACAGGUCCUAGACGCUGUGGAAAUUUCAGCGAAGAGACGUAUAUGACAUCGAUUUAUGGGGACCCCACAAUGAUGCUAUUAAAAUUUGACAGUGCAUUUGCUGCCACAGCUACAGCCGGAAAGGGCUUCUCUCUAACUUUGACAGCUGUUGGUCCAGGAUGCGCGUUGGCACCGUGUGUGCAUGGGACAUGCACUGCUGUUGGCACAUCUAAUUUCACAUGCAAUUGUCCUACUGGUUUCUCGGGGCCACUGUGCGAGACUGUAGAAAGUACCGUCAUUAUAUCAUGUGAUUUUGAAAGCGAUACUAGCUGUAUAUUUUCGAAUACAAACACGGGAGAUCAGCGUGACUGGACUAUAACCUCGGGUUCAACACCCUCUAGCUCAACCGGUCCCUCCGGUGCUCAGAGUGGGAAUAACUACUUGUAUGCAGAAACUUCAUCCCCAGUUGUAACCGGGGAUAAAUUUUUUUUCGAAACGCCCGUCAUUCCAGGUGCUCAGAGAUGUCUAACUUUCUGGUAUCAUAUGUACGGCUCGAGCAUGGGAACUCUUAAUGUUCUUGUGGAUGGAAGCUCAGUUUGGACACGAACGGGAGAUCAAGGGAACAGCUGGAAGCAGGCUGACGUUAAUAUAACAACAACAACAGAUUACAAGGUGACGUUUGAGGCUAUCAGAGGAAGUUCAUGGGCCAGUGAUAUUGCUGUUGAUGCUAUUUCACUUACUCCCUCAACAACACAAGCACCAACAACACAGGCUCCAACAACACAAGCACCAACAACACAGGCUUCAACAACACAGGCACCAACAACACAGGCUCCAACAACACCACCACCAACAACACCACCACCACCAACAACACAGGCACCAACAACUAGACAGUCAACAACACAGACAACAACACAGACAACAACAAUUAUACUGCCAACACAGGCUCCAACAACACAAGCACCAACAACACAGGCUCCAACAACACAGGCACCAACAACACCACCACCAACAACACCACCAACAACACAGGCACCAACAACUAGACAGUCAACAACACAGACAACAACAAUUAUACUGCCAACACACCACCCAUCAACCGAAGAACCAACUUUAGUUGACCAAGAGCUACACUGUACAUUUGAAAGUGGAGAAUUUUGUUUCUUAGAAAAUAUUUUGGGAGACAAUUUCAACUGGACAAAUCGCCAAGGUAAAACGCCUUCUUCGAACACGGGCCCUGCAUCAGCCUUUGAAGGGACCAUGUAUUCUUACAUAGAGGCGACAUCGAAGGCGAUAGACUCGUAUGCCAGCCUUCAGAGUGCAACAGUUUCGACAAGCCAACCUUUUUGCCUCUCCUUUGCUUACCAUAUGUAUGGCUCCAAUAUUGGCUCGUUGUCUGUCCUGAUGGUCUCCUCUACAACUUCCCUAACCUUAUUCGAUGAAAGUGGCAACAAGGGAAAUCAGUGGAACGUAGCGUACAUUUCUGUUCCACCAACAACUGGCCAGAUUGAGUUCACUGCAGUCCGUGGCGAUUCAUUCCGAGGUGACAUAGCAAUCGACGACGUUCACUUCUUGUCCGGAGACUGUGUUAUCCCUUCCACAACUACCCCCGCCCCAUUAACACUCCCACUCAGUUGUACUUUUGAAAGUGGAACAUGUUUCCUGCAGGACGUGACCUCUUCCGACUUUCUGUGGUCUAGAAAAAGUGGUGGCACACCCUCAGAGCAGACAGGACCCACCUCUGCGUUUGAAGGAAUCUGGUACACUUACAUUGAAACAUCUGGGAAAGCAAUUGGUGAUAUUGCUGUGUUGGAAAGUUCACCAGUCCUAACAGUCGAUCCAUUUAUGUGCCUGUCUUUCGCAUAUCACAUGUACGGUAACCACAUCGGCUCUCUUGAAGUAGUCUACAACAAUGCGACAGUCUUUAACGAGUUUGGCAACAAAGGAAACCAGUGGAACCAAGCUCAAAUCACUAUUCCAGCAUCCCAGUCUUCAGCAUCAACGAUUCAGUUUGUGGGUACACGUGGAAGUGGAUUUAAAGGAGAUAUUGCUAUUGAUGAUAUCCAAGUCAUCACAGGGGAGUGUGUGAUCCCUUCCACAACUACCCCUGCCCCAUUAACACUCCCACUCAGUUGUACUUUUGAGAGUGGAACAUGUUUUCUGCAGGACGUGACCUCGACAGACGACUUUAACUGGUCUAGGAGAAGUGGUACGACACCUUCACAAAACACAGGACCCACCUCUGCGUUUGAAGGAACCUGGUACACUUACAUUGAAACAUCUGGGAAAGCAAUUGGUGAUAUUGCUGUGUUGGAAAGUUCACCAGUCCUAACAGGUGAUCCAUUUAUGUGCCUUUCUUUCGCAUAUCACAUGUACGGUAGCAACAUCGGCUCUCUUGAAGUAGUGUACAACUACACAGCCGUCUUUAACGAGUUUGGCAACAAAGGAAACCAGUGGAACCAGGCGAAAGUUACUCUUCCAGCAUCCCAGUCUUCAGAAUCAACGAUUCAGUUUGUGGGUACACGCGGAAGUGGAUUUAGAGGAGAUAUUGCUAUUGAUGAUAUCCAGGUCACCACAGGGGAGUGUGUGAUCCCUUCCACAACUACCUCUGCCCCAUUAACACUCCCACUCAGUUGUACUUUUGAGAGUGGAACGACAUGUUUCCUGCAGGAUGUGACCUCGACAGACGACUUUAACUGGUCUAGGAGAAGUGGUACGACACCUUCACAAAACACAGGACCCACCUCUGCGUUUGAAGGAACCUGGUACACUUACAUUGAAACAUCUGGGAAAGCAGUUGGUGAUAUUGCUGUGUUGGAAAGUUUACCAGUCCUAACAGGUGAUCCAUUUAUGUGCCUUUCUUUCGCAUAUCACAUGUACGGUAGCAACAUCGGCUCUCUUGAAGUAGUCUACAACAACACGGCCGUCUUUAACGAAUCUGGCAACAAAGGAAACCAGUGGAACCAGGUGGAAGUUACUCUUCCAGCAUCCCAGUCUUCAGAAUCAACGAUUCAGUUUGUGGGUACACGUGGAACUGGAUAUAGAGGAGAUAUUGCUAUUGAUAAUAUCCAAGUCAUCACAGGGGAGUGUGAUCUUUCAUAACCCACUUAAGCAGCAAGAUCGACUGGAUUGUCCACCAUUCUUCAAAACCACUCAAUGUGACGUAUUGGAAUUCACGAUUCUGUUUGCAUUACAACAGAACAUAGCGUAAACACUGUAGUAUGUGUUUG